UCAAAAACAUAAACAACAACACUUGGUAGUUCACGUGCAUUCGUCUGUGAUUUGGAAACAUGCCUCCGAAGUCGGCUAAAAAGGAAAAACCAACCUGGUGGAAAUGUGAGCAGUGCAAGAGACAUAUUCUAACAGCGGAACUGGGCCAGCACCAGGAGGACCAGUGCCAGAACGUCGAUAAACUCAGCGGAUAUCUGACGGCGGAGGUUGAGCUGAUCUGCAACAGCGUGGAGUGCCUUAAGCUGUCAACGUUUGAAGAUCUUAAAGAUGUCGGUGAAGCACAGCUCGAUGGGUUGAUCUUGAUGGGCAGAGGUGCCGUUACGAAGCUCGGUCUAGUCCUGGGAGACUACGUUGAGGUUUCGCUGGUAUCUCCCAAGUUCAGCUUCAUUCGUAAGGUAUGGCCAAUGGACGACAAGUUUGGUGCUCGUGUCAUCGUGAAUCAUAUCGAUGAAGUUCAAGGCCAGGACCAGAAAUCAGUGUCCAUCAAACCGUUCAAGAGCACAAUUUCGAUUGCUCAUGAAUUGGAGCUGAACCUUCAGGGUGGAGCUGAAAGCUUAGCGUGGGUCGACAAAAAUAAGCUCUGGCUAGCCCAGCUAGUUCGAAAACAAUUCACCGGUCGCGUUUUGAACGAACGCAGUCUCUUGACUUUAAGAUUGUGUAACAAAGCUAUUCAGUUUGACGCAGUCAACAUCUCGUUGAAGGAUGCGCCCAAGGGAACAAUUGAGCAAAGUUUGCAGAACCUAACACUCGGCGACAGCAAAUAUUACCAAUUUAAUCGAGAUUCAACCGUGACCAUUGUGACCACUGGAUCGUCCCAGGAAACGCAGUCGGUGUCGUAUUGCUUGGAUCGCAUUGGUGGCCUUGAGACUGUGAUUGGCGAACUGAAAGAAAUCACCAAACUCGCGCUGGGCAUAUCGAAACCUACAUCGACGACCCACAGCGAUGUGCCCAUCAGUCGUGGCGUUCUGGUUUACGGUGUUUCCGGAACGGGUAAAACACUUCUCGUCAACUCGUUAGCCGCACACUUCAAGUGCAAAACCGUUCGAAUAAAUUGCUCGGAGGUUUUCAGCAAAUUCUACGGCGAAUCAGAAGGCAACGUAUCAAAGUUGUUUAACAAAGCUUUGCAGAAUUAUCCCAGUCCAACCAUCAUCAUCGUCGAAGAAAUGCACAACAUCUGUCCGAAAGCCGAAGCGUCAGAUAUCGUCAAACGGUUAUCGAACUUCUUUGUGAAUUUACUAGACAACCUGAACAGCUCAGUGCGAGGAUCACGCACAGUGUUGAUUGGAACCACGGAUAAUCCCGACUCGUUGAAUCCAGCUGUGCGAAGAAGUGGUCGAUUGGAUUAUGAGUUUGAAAUUCCCAUCCCGGAUGCCGAUGCCCGCGAGCAAAUCCUGUUGAAAUCUUUAACUCUUCAGAAACACGCCCUUCAUCCGGAUGAAAUCAAAAGCAUUGCCAAAGUGUCGCACGGUUAUGUUGGGGCGGAUUUAGUCAGUCUGGUGGGACGGGCAAGUCAUGAAGCCAAAGCUACGAUAACCUACGCUAGCAUGGCUUCGGCUCUGCAACAUGUCAAGGCUAGUGCUAUGCGAGAAAUCAUGAUCGAAAAUCCAAACGUUCACUGGGCUGAUAUCGGUGGGCAGGACGAUCUUAAGCUUAAGCUCCGUCAAAUCAUCGAGUGGCCAAUACAUCGGCCGGAAAUCUUCACCCGAUUGGGAAUCUCUCCUCCAAGGGGACUGCUAAUGUUUGGCCCACCUGGAUGCAGCAAAACGAUGAUAGCAAAGGCGAUUGCAACCGAAAGCAAGGUAAACUUUUUAUCAAUCAAAGGUUCAGAGCUUUUCUCGAUGUGGGUCGGCGAAUCGGAACGUGCCGUCAGGGAACUGUUUCGAAAGGCACGCCAGGUGGCGCCAUCGAUCAUCUUCUUUGAUGAAAUCGAUGCGAUCGGUGGUGAACGUUCUGCCGAGUCCGGCAGCUCGGUUAGGGAAAGAGUGUUAGCACAGAUAUUAACCGAAAUCGAUGGAGUUAGUGCACUCAAGAAUGUCAAAAUUAUCGCCGCAACUAACCGACCAGAUCUGAUCGAUAAAGCAUUGAUGAGGCCAGGACGAUUAGAUCGUAUCAUAUACGUGCGGUUACCAGACUUCGCCACCAGGAAGGAAAUAUUCCGGAUAAAGUUGUCCAAAAUACCGAUUUCCGCUGAUGUUCAACAGGAUGAUCUCGUGGCUCGAACAGAAGGCUACUCGGGGUCGGAAAUUGAAGCCAUUUGCCAGGAAGCCGCAUUAAAAGCACUCGAAGAAUCAUUUGAUACGCUGGAAAUUCCACAAAAGUUCUUCGAUCACGCCCUGAACGUUGUCAAACCACGAACCAGCGAAGAUUUAUUAAUGCUUUACGAGAACUACCUGAAGCAACAAGAACAGUGAUUGAUGGUUAUUUGAUACUGUAAGAUAACAAAUAAAUGUUUUUAAAAAGUUA